UCUAACAUCGAACGUGGACUGUACCUUUUCACUUCAUUAUUCUUUAUACAUAAUUCAUGCGACAUGUAAGCACAUACGGGUAUUCUCCACGUAAGGUAUACCUUGUUGAAUGAACCAAGGGGUGCUAACCAUUCCACCACAAUGCAGAUACUGAGAGAUGUCCGGCAUCCGAUCACACAAAAAAAUAGACUUCUGAACUUGUUCCGGAAAAAAUCGUUUUGUGACCUCCACCUUUGCAGCUCAGAUGGAACACUAUUCCGCACACACAGGCUUGUGUUGGCAUUGUAUUCUGACUAUUUCAGACAGUUUGCAUCCCUCAAGAAAGGACCCAUUGGUUCUCGUUCAUCCACAGAAGUUGUCAACUUAGAUGUCGAAGCUUGUAUCCUUUCCAUAUUGCUGGAUUACAUUUACAAGGGAGAAUUUGCAAUAGGCCCAGAGAAUCAAGGGAAGAUCUGGAAAGCAGCCAAGCUUCUUAAGCUGCAGGACAUUGUCCAACUUAUUGAUGACAACAGGGAACUCCUUGGGGUGAGCAUGGAGACUCUUGAUCAACCAGAACCUGCUGUGAAGCAGGAAGUGAUUUCCCCACAAAGUACUGCAAGACGCAAGUCACGACCAAGAGGCCAAUCACUGGGUAAAUCUGGACUUCGAGGCUGUUCAGAAGCUGACCAGAAGGAUCUACAGCAGAUCACAGGGUACAGCAUAACGUCCCAAGAUUAUGACCAGGUUGAUGAGUUACUGAAAGUAUCUAUGUCCGCCUUUGUCAGACACAAGCAGGCACAUACUGGUGAAAUGGAGGGAUCUAAAGAUUGGUCCAGUCAUAAUCAUGACGCUCUGCAGCAUGGUACAGAGACACUGGAAACCAAAUUCAAACCAUCAGAAAGCGCACAAGGUGAAAGUGAAUGUGUGUCCACAGAAUCACAGGGUUUGCAACGUUGCUCUCUUACUGACCCCUCUUCUAGAACAGUAGUGGACUCUGAUGAAGAAUUUUCCGGAUUUUCUAUCAAUUUUGGAAAAGAGGAUGUAGACUUUGUUGAUGAUGAUGACAAUGACAGCGAUUACACAUUCAAGCCAUCUAAAUCCAGAGGAAAAAGAAAAUCCAAGUCACAUUCCCUUAAAAGAAAGACAAUGAACAAACACACGAAAACAAUGUCACACAUUUUGAAUAUUCCCAAGAUGAAAAGAUCAAGCUUCCUCUCCUGUAGGAUGGUAGCAAGAUGGAUUCACAAGAAAUAUUAUCCAUUUAUUUGUAGUUCCAACUUCAUAUCUUCACACCCAGUGAGAGUAGAUAUUGAGCAAAGUGGCAAUGACUCUCCGACUACUUCAACCUCAAGCCCUAAAUUGCACUUGUGUAAUGUUUGUGGCAAGGAGUUCAGUUUAAUUAGUAUCUGUAGGAACCAUGUGCUCAAAAAACAUAUCAGAAAUAAGUCCAUUUGCCAAAUGGCAAAUAGGGCCAAGAUCUUGCUCACUAUGAAUCAAGAAUCCACCUUAUUGAGGAUUCAGAUGAAGCAAAAUAUGAACAAAUUAGUUAAUACGAAAUUAGAAUUACCACAAUCAAGUUCACGACCAAGGAGUAAAGCUACGAAAGCAAUGCCAAGUCCUUUUAGUGGUCCAAAGUGUGCAGAUUGUGGAUCUGUUUUGUCAUCCAGGUAUUCCUUAAAAGUCCAUCUGGAGAAUGUUCAUCAGCUAACACCAGAACAGAUAAGCAUGCACAAGUCUUUCCUGGUUUGCUGUGAUGUUGAGGGCUGUGACUUCUCCCACAAGAUGACAAAGACUGUUGAGCGCCAUGUGAAGGAGGCCCACCCAGCGGUGGAACACAAGUGCCCUCACUGUAACUUUACCUUCUACUUGAAGUGUGUGAUGGACAAUCACAUUGCUCGCAAACACCUGUUCCCCGAGAGGAUGAGGUUUGUGUGCUCGGUCUGUGGCAAGAGAUUUCCUAAGGGUUUCCAUCAGAAGGUGCACGAGCAGUGGAAACACGGAAUUGACCAUGACAUCAAGAGGUAUAAGUGUCCUGUUGAGGACUGUAGUUUCGAGACCUGUUCCAAGUCGAACCUUGACGCACACCGCAAUGUCCAUACAGACAAACGGUAUGACUGUCAGUACUGCAGUAUCAAGCUCAAGACAACAGCAACCCUUCAACGCCACAUCAACAAAGUCCACCUGGGCAUCCGACCCUACCUGUGUCAGAUGUGUGGCCACUCAUUUGGCGACUACCACAACCUUCAGUCACACAUCGUUAACAAGCAUGUGACAGAGAAAGAGUUCAAGUGCACACACUGUCCCUAUGGCACCAAUGUCAAGGCCCAGUUUGCCAUUCACCUGUUCAGAAUUCAUGGCGUCAGGGCUGACUUCGACAAGAGGAAGGAGUUCGCCUGUCCUUUCUGUGACUACAAGACGCUGAUGAAGAGCAGACUCAAGGCCCACGUCAACAAACAUACAAAUACUCGAAACUAUGCAUGUGACGAGUGCGGGAAGACCUUUGUCAACUGUGACACUCUGCGUAGCCACAAAGAGUGGCUGCACUCUGAAGCGAAGUACUCCUGCAACCAGUGUCCAUAUAUCACCAAGACGUCAAAGCGGCUUCAAGAGCAUAUAUCCAUUCAGCACAUGUUUAAGGGGCUGAAGCCGUUCCAGUGUCCCUACUGCCCGUUCACAUGUGCGACAGGCGGCAAUACCCGCAAACACGUGAAGAAGAAGCAUCCCACGCAGGAAGUGAGGUACGUGAAGAACCUGGAGGUUCUGGGAUACAUGAAAGACAUGAGGAAGAAGGAAGCUGCAGCCGAUCCCCUGAAAAACAUAGGUUUGACUCAGUGAGGGAGUGAGUGAGUUUGACACGGGAGAAUUUCACCUGGUGAGUUGGCUUAAAUGCCACUAGCCUGACAUGUUGGUUUACUGUUGCAUACACAAGGGGUGGUGGGAUGGACCACAUCUAUUUGUUGAAUUGGAAGUUUCAUAUUUGAUUAGGAUUACAAAUUGAAACUAACUUCAACACUAUAUAUCACUCAUGAUAUGUUUUCAAGUAACAUAA